CUCUCUCUCUCUCUCUCUCGUGAGUUCUGCAGCAGGUCUCGCGGCUGUGAAGUGAAGUUUCGCACCCGCGUUCAGAACAGUGACAAGCAAUCUUCAACAUGUCUUCUGGAAACGCUAAGAUCGGUCAGCCUGCUCCUCAGUUCAAGGCCACAGCUGUGGUAGACGGACAGUUUAAAGACAUUCAGCUCUCUGACUACAGAGGGAAGUAUGUCGUGUUGUUCUUCUAUCCACUUGAUUUCACCUUUGUGUGUCCCACCGAGAUUAUCGCGUUCAGUGAACGGGCCGCUGAGCUCCGUAAAAUCGGCUGCGAGGUCAUCGCUGCUUCCACCGACUCUCAUUUCAGCCAUUUGGCAUGGAUCAACACACCCAGGAAGCAGGGAGGCCUCGGCUCCAUGAACAUCCCGCUGGUGGCUGACCUGACUCAGUCCAUCUCCCGCGAUUACGGCGUCCUGAAAGAGGACGAAGGCAUCGCCUACAGAGGUCUGUUUGUGAUUGACGAUAAAGGCAUCUUGAGGCAGAUCACCAUCAAUGACCUGCCGGUGGGUCGCUCGGUAGACGAGACGCAGAGACUGGUGCAGGCCUUCCAGCACACCGACAAAUAUGGAGAAGUUUGUCCUGCUGGAUGGAAACCAGGAAGUGACGCUAUUGUUCCAGAUGUGCAGAAGAGCAAGGAGUUCUUCUCCAAGCAGUAACAGUCCUGCCGUAUUUCCCGGAUCGUGCUCCCGUUCAGUGGGACGCUAGAGCACUUAACCUUAGCCUGAGAGUUCUUGAAAAGUUGUCUAAGCCAACGUAACAAACUCUUUGCAGUUUAAAUGCACUUGUUAGACCGAUUUCUUUUCUUUUCCAUUGUCUGAAGAAGCUGUUGCAGUUAGCAUCUCCCAUGCACUGAAAUAUCUGUAGUUUGUUUUCAACUCUAGUUUAUCGGUAUUACAUAUUUAGUACUCAAUGAACAUUUGAUUCAUUUUGAUAACAUUUUGAAAGUUGUUUAACAUUCUGGUGGUCAUCAAUAUCUGUGAAAUAAACGGGCUGUUAUUGUGUGA